AUCCUCUGCCGCCGCCAACCACGGUCCCUCAAAGACAACCGAAAAUGAAAGUCUUCAUCAUCGCUGUCGUCCUCACCGCUGUGCUCGGGGCUCCUCGGCCUCAGCAACAGCAGGCAACAGCGCCCGUUUAUCCGAUCAUCCCGUACUCGUACCAGUACGAGACCAACGACGCCGCCACCGGCAACUUCCACAACAAGGCCGAGAUCAAGACGGCCCUCGGCCACGUGUUCGGCUCGUGGUCCGUCCUCAUGCCCGACGGCUACAUCCACACCACUUCCUACAACGUCACCGGAAACAGCGGCUUCCUUCCGGUCAUCGUGAAGACGCUCCCUCAAGCCUCCGGCGCUGUGGCCUCAGCACCCGCCGCUGGAGGCUCUUCGGCCUAAAUCCAGGUUGUGUUGCCUUGCCUUGGCCUUCGUGGCCACCCGCGUCCUAAGUCAUUGCGGUUCUUGGUCUCCUUCGCUCUUGUCCGCCUCCUUCUCUGGUUCUCACGUUGGCAGUAAAUUUGCUCUGUAUUUCCCAAAUGAAGAUAAUCACCUUUUAACAGUUAAAGAAGAAAUAGAAAGAAAACAGAGAAGAGGAGAGGAGAAGGGCGAUUGACAGAGAACCACAAAUUUUCUUGUAAAUACCUCUUCCGAAAUGUCUCUGCGUUUCUUGUCAUUCUAUUAUCUUUGUUUUUUUCCUAUUCUAUUGUUUGUUGUUUCUUACUUUUGUUUAUGUUGUUUGCAAAUGAUUGAUAUCCGGAUAUGUUUUUUGUUUAUUGCAUAUGAAUAUUGUUUUGUUUUAUAAGAUUUUCCUUAUAUUUUAUACCGAAUAAAUAUUAUAUAUGAUA